UGAUUCUUUUAUUUUUUCGCCGAUGAUAGUGCGGUCGGGUGGAAGGAGGUCAGGUAUUGUUCCGCCGGGGUCAAGUUAAUAUUCAACGAAAAAGAUUUGUUGCGUUCCAAAUGUCAAUCAGUGUUCAAUCCGUUCCCCAUUGACGAGUUGAAAUACUACUAAAUUUAUCUAAUCGAGAAAAAAAUGUGGAACUUAACACUACCUUAUUCAACGCAUUUAGCACUAAUCGGAUUAAUGGUGGUUAUUUAUAUCAUUUUCGAAGCACUAUGGAACUCAAUUGUAAUAAUUAUAGCAAUUUUAACGCCUUUCUUUAACCCUAAUGAAGAUACGUCUUUGUUGAAAAAAUUCGGACCAUGGGCAUUGGUAACAGGAUCGACUGAUGGAAUUGGUAAAGCAUACGCUUUCGAACUUGCCAAAAGAGGUAUUAAUAUAGUACUUGUCAGUAGAAAUGAAGAAAAAUUAAAAAAAACAGCCGAAGAAAUCGAGAACAAACAUCUCGUGAAAACGAAAAUUAUAGUAGCCGAUUUUUCACAAGUACAGAAAGCUGUUGAUACGGUUAAAGAAAAAUUGGGAACAUUGAAAAUAGAUAUUUUAGUAAAUAACGUCGGUAAAAAUUACGAUUAUCCAUUGUAUUUAACAGAAAUUCCAGAAAAUCUUAUCGUGGAUAUAAUAAAUAUAAAUACCGGCGCGGUGACUUUGAUGUGCCGCGCAUUUAUUGAAGAUAUGAAAAAGAGAGGUAAAGGAGCUAUAGUGAACGUGUCCUCGGGAUCAGAACUUCAUCCUUUACCUCUGAUGAACGUAUACGCAGCCACGAAGGCUUAUGUUAAAAGUUUCACGGCGGGUUUGAGAUACGAAUACAGAAAUUCUGGUGUCACUAUUCAACAUCUCGCGCCAUUUUUCGUUAAUACCAAUAUGAGCGCGUUCGUUCCUAUGUUUCAAAGAAACAAUUUCAUUGUACCGAACGCGGAGAAUUAUGCGAAAUUCGCCGUUAUGACAUUAGGAAAGCUUACGGAUACGUCCGGUUUUUGGUCGCACGGUAUACAGAGAUUUAUUGUUAAAAUGUGUCCCACUUGGAUUGCAAUUCGUGGAGGAGCUAAUUUGAAUAAGAUAUUUAGGAGGGAUUAUAUCAACUCCAGAAAAAAAUUUGAUGAAUAAAAAUUUAUUUAAUUAUAUAUUGAACUAUUA